CAUUACCAAUGGGCAAGUGAAUCCUAGCAACCCAGACUGGCGUCAGACGCACACUGUCAAGCCUUCAACAUCUACGGGCAGGCCGCUUUUUCCUGCUAAAAUGACCUUGACACUGCCUUCUGUUCGCACGUCUGCUAUGGCUGCUGUCUUAGCCGGUUUGCGCUCUCUUCGUGCCGGAUGA